AUGGUUAACAGCUGCUCCACCAUCGCGAUAUAUGGGUCUAACUGGCGACGGGCAGACACUGUUGGUAAGAGUGGCUCUUUUGCUGAGCGACACGAGUCAGAGAGCGACCGGCAGGCCGUGACGCAGCGCUCUCAUUACACAGAUUUUUCGCCCAUUCUUAAAUACUUUACUGAGAGAACUGAUGGCUUAGGAAUAUUCCACAAGUCUUCUGAGCCAAGAACACGAGACGAUAUUACUUCAAACACUACCACCAUCACCGCCAUCAUAGCAGCACAGUUGAACCAACCCUUAAGGGUACCCAGUGAAGAAUUAACGCUGGACUCGCUAAACGAAGGAGAUUUACAAUACAAAGCAGAAGAAAGGAAAGCCACGGCAUUCUCUCCCCUCUACUGGCCAGACGGAGACGACGGACUGCCUCUCGUCCCCUAUGUGGUGGUCAAUCUGAUCGCCUUCACCUGGGAGGCAGCCCCAGAGUACAGAAGGGCUGUGAGGAAGGCAAUGACCUACUGGAUGCUUCACACCUGUAUCAAGUUCAUGGAAGUGCGUGAUCCCAAGGGUCCUCACCUGAGACUUGUCCGUGGCACCCUGUGUCGCUCUGCCAUUGGCCGCGUCUCCAAGACUGGCCAGGACGUUGUUAUUGGACCAGGCUGUAGGAAGUUUGGACGCAUUGUUCGGCUCCUGGCCCGUGCUCUUGGUUGGUAUGAUGAACACAAUCGGCCAGACCGCGACCUGUAUGUGCAUGUCAACGAAGAGAACGUAGUGCCCUUCCUCCGUUACCGUCUUAGCAAAGUGCCAUCACAGCUGGUGACUAACUUUGGCUUAUCAUACGAUCUUACUUCCCUCAUGCACGCCGAUGCACAGUUCCUUUCGGUCAACGGCAAAACCACACUGGCUACUCUCAACCCGCUGCUGCAAGGCCUAAUUGGUCAGGGUCGUGGCCUCUCACACCGAGAUAAGCUCCUGGCCAACCUCAUGUACCGCUGCACAGCUAAAUGGAUACAAGCCUGCGGCCUGACCGAGGAAAGGUGCAGUAAAGAGGGAUACACCAAAUGGGACUGUUCGUGUGUUUGUCCCGCUGGAACCUCCGGGAGUAGAUGUGAAAAUGUCACCGGGCAGUAUUACGAUAGUCUUGUGCCCGCCUGCACAGAGGUGGUACAGACGCAGAAGAAUAUAUCUUCUCCCGGAUAUCCAGGGAACUAUGAUAGAGACAUCUGGUGUGUGAAGUGGAUCAGGGCCCCCCAGUGCUACACCCCCGUCAUCACUUUCCACGCCUUCCACUUGUACGGCAGGAAUACCUACAGGGACGAUCGGCCGUUGUGUUACCUGGAUUUUCUAGAGAUUAGAAGCCAUAAUCUAUACAGUGGCGAAGUGUAUUGUGAUAAGGAGAUCUCGUCUGGCCAGAAUUUCACCUCUUCGUCAAGCGACCUUGUGUUGUACUUCAAGACCCAGACAGACUAUUUCCCUGGAUGGGCGGCCUCAAUCACAUUCAUCCCUAUCCCUGGCUGCAUCAGUAACGAAACCACAUCUGUGGCCACAACUCCCUAUUCAGUGACUACAAAAACAUCAAACACCACCACUGCAACUCCAGGCUCCACUCCACCAACUCCAACUUCCUCCACUACCAUCACCCUCUCCACUAAUACAACCACACCCACCUCUACUACUCUCACAGCCACUUCACCUACAACCACUGCAAUCACUACUUCUGCUUCUACUACAAAAACUGCAGUCACUACAACUAUUACUACUACAAUCACUAGUCCUGCAAUUACCACAGUCACUAGUUCUGCUACUACUACAAGCACCACUCCUGCUGCAACUUCAACCACUACCCAUGCUACCACUUCAUCCAAUAUUAAAACUACUGCAACCAAUACAUCCGUUACUCUUGCUACCAGCACAACCACCACUACAACCAUUAACUCUGCUAAUACUACAACUAUCCCUACUACUACAACUACACCUACUACCACAACUACCAGUAUCUUUACUACCACAACAACUACUAUUCCUACAAAAACUACAAUCACUACUCCUACCACCACCACUACUCCUAACACCAUUACCACUACAAGUACUAACACUACAACCACUAUUCCUACCACCACCACCACCACCACCACUACUGCCACUACUCCUGCCACCACUACAAGUACUAACACUACAACUACUACUCCUACCACCAGUACAACUACUAACCCUACCACCACUACAACCACCAUCCCUACUAACACUACAACCACUACCCCUACUACACUUACCACUACCAAUACAACCACCACUUCUCCUACUAACACUACAACCACCACCCCUACUACCACUACAACCACUAUUCCUACCACCACAACCACUACUACUACUACCAAUACAACCACUAACCCUACUAACACUACAACCACUACCCCUACUACCACUACAACUACUAUUCCUACCACCACAACCCACCAAUACAACCACACUACCACUACCCCUACUACCACUACAACCACUAUUCCUACCACCACAACCACUACUUCUACUACCAAUACAACCACUAACCCUACUAACACUACAACCACUACCCCUACUACCACUACAACCACUAUUCCUACCACCACAACCACUACUUCUACUACCAAUACAACCACUAACCCUACUAACACUACAACCACUACCCCUACUACCACUACAACCACUAUUCCUACCACCACAACCACUACUUCUACUACCAAUACAACCACUAACCCUACUAACACUACAACCACCACCACACCUACUACCACUACAACCACUACACUGACUAACACUACAACCACUAUCCCUACUAACACUACAACCACUACC